AAAGAAUCAGAAUUUGUCAAGUGGCAGUGAUUAAAGAGUGGCAACCCAGUAAAACUCCCACCGACAAAUCUGCUAGUCAACUCCCCCAUCUGUCCUCAACUCUCUGUCUCCACCACUCAUCUCCUUCCACCACCACCAUGACCAUGCCACCACCGUUACUCACCGCUACCUUUCUCCUCCUCUUCCUCCUCACUACAAUCACCACCACCACGACAUCACAAGAAUCCGACCCUGAAUUAGAUUGCACUAAUAAAUGGAUCCACAUCCGUCGCCUCCCCUUGCAAUUCAACCUUGACCUGUUACUCAACUGCUCCCAAUACCCCCUUUUUGAUAACUUUUGCAAUUAUCUAACCAACGAUGGCCUCGGCCAAAAAACCCACAACAAUUCCCACAGCUGGUACAGAACAGACCCGUUCAUGCUUGAACUCAUUUUCCACCGUCGGAUGCUUGAAUACCCAUGUUUAACCUCGGAUCCAAAUCUUGCUAAUGCCAUUUACAUCCCAUAUUUUGCUGGAAUAGAUAGCCUCAAGUACCUUUAUGGGCCUCAAGUGAAUUCAAGUUUCCUACAUGGAUUAGAUUUGUAUCAUUACCUAGUACAUAUGGACACACCUUCUAUGUGGCAGAAACAUUUUGGGCAUGAUCAUUUUUUGGUAAUUGCACGUUCAGCUUGGGAUUUUAUCCAACCUCUGUCGAACGAUCCACCAAUUUUUGGCACUUCAUUUCUUGAAUUACCCGAGUUUUAUAAUGUCACUGCAUUGACAUUUGAAGCCAGGGCUUAUCCUUGGCAAGAAAGGGCAAUCCCAUAUCCCACUUCUUUUCACCCUCCAAAUUUAGCAUUUCUUGAAUCUUGGGUGAAUAGGGUGAGGAAAUCUAGGAGGAAUGCAUUGAUGUUGUUUGCUGCUGGUGGUGGGAUAUCGGCCAAUCCCAAUAUUCGACGGAGCAUUAGGCUCGAAUGCGAGAAUAGUACUAGCAUAAGUGCGAAUGGUACUGGAUACGACAAGUUAUGCGAGUUUGUGGAUUGUUCGAAUGGUGUUUGUGAACAUGAUCCUAUAAGGUUUAUGAAGCCAAUGCUGCAGGCUAGUUUCUGCUUGCAGCCUCCAGGGGAUACCCCGACUAGGCGAUCAACUUUUGAUGGGAUAAUUGCAGGGUGUAUACCGGUAUUUUUUGAGGAAUUAACUGCGAAAAAGCAAUAUGGUUGGCAUUUGCCUGAGGAGAAAUAUGAGGAGUUUUCAGUAUUUGUACCUAAGGAGGAUGUGGUGUUUAAGGGAUUAAGGAUUUUGGAUGUGUUGAUGAGUAUACCAAGAAGUGAAGUUAGGAGAAUGAGAGAAAAUGUUAUUGAAUUGAUUCCUAGAAUUAUGUAUAGAAAUCAUGGGAAUUCACUGGGUUUGAGGAGUAAAAAGGAUGCAUUUGAUAUUGCAGUAGAGGGCACUCUGCAGAGAAUCAAAUCAAGAAUUGAAGAACUUGCAGCUCAAUGAUUCAACAUCGUGUUUGGUAUACAGUAUUAGAUACUACUCUACAGUAUUGAGAACAAGAUUUUAUUUUUCUUUCUUAAAAUUAUCUAGUACGUCAUUCCACCUUAUCAAAAAAGCUACGAAUGAGUUUGAAGGGUGUUUAAUUUUGAUUAGAUAUCUGUAUUUAUAGCCAUUUGGUUUUCUUUACAUUUGUUUUGUAAGUUAUUGACCAAAUGUCGUUGAAAGAAUUUUUGGAUUCCGAAUUCCACAUAGUAAUAAAGUCUAUCAACUUUUGAAUUG